AUGUCUGGAACAAUGGACACCUCGGAUGACGAUAAUUCGGAGCACUCGCAGGGAGACAAAUCCAUAAAAUCUCGCUGGACUAAACACGAGGAUGCCGCCCUCAAACAGCUUGUCGAACAGUACGGUGAACGGUGGGAUAUAAUUUCCAAGUUGCUGAAGGAUCGUACCGACGUCCAAUGUCAGCAACGCUGGACGAAAGUAGUCAAUCCAGAUCUGAUUAAGGGACCCUGGACGAAGGAGGAGGACGACAAAGUGGUCGCCUUGGUCACAAAGUAUGGUCCUAAGAAGUGGACACUUAUCGCGCGGCAUCUGCGGGGCCGCAUUGGCAAGCAGUGCCGCGAACGAUGGCACAACCAUCUCAAUCCGAACAUAAAAAAGACCGCCUGGACGGACGAGGAGGAUCAGAUGAUCUACGAAGCGCACAAACAGUUCGGUAACCAGUGGGCAAAGAUCGCCAAGCUACUUCCCGGCCGGACAGACAAUGCGAUCAAAAACCAUUGGAACUCGACGAUGCGUCGUAAGUACGAAGGCUCAGAUGCGACCCGGCGCCGUGUGAAGCUUCUCUCAACGUCACAGGCCAACCAGCCGCACCAACUGCUACACCACGACUAUCAGCAGCAGUCGGUAGCCCCGAUCGUCGAUAUGGAUAUGGAGGGUGGUGAAAAGAAACCCAAACCGAUGCGCUAUCCACCGCACGAAAGUUUGCAAAACAUCAUACGCAACAGUCGCAAAAAGUCCUCGAUCGAUGAGCACAAGUUCAGGGAUGAAAUACCGCUCGAGGAGGGACAGAUCGAUGGUAAGGUGGCCGUGUCGACCGAGCAGGGUGAUUUCCUGAUUCGCCCACUGGCGGAUCGGGCAAAGCAGUACAUCAUCGAACCAGUCUAUCCGACGCGACUAAACAUGAAGUUCCUCAGCGAAAGUAAUGUGGCGAAUAACAACAAUAAUAAUAAUAAUAACAACAUUACCGACGGAAGUACAGCCGCAGUAGGUGGGAAUCCGAUGGCGAUCGGUGGCCAGCAAUAUCUUCCCGCUCACAUCGAUCUGCAUGAGCUGAUUAAUGCGACGCGAACCGAGGACAGUGGCGUAGAGCAAUCGGAACGAAAGGGACGCCAUACUACGCCGAACAUUCUGCGAAGAAAGCGUAAAUUGAAGGAUGAUCACGAAUUGCACGAACUGCUGUCGAUGCAGGAGCACUAUGCCGUACAGCAAGGUACGGCCGGUAAUGGGGGAAGCGGCGCACAGGGCAAUAUGCACACCACCGGCCAGGAUGCUAACGGUUAUCAUCGUGUCGGUGCGGAGAAAAUACACUUGUUAUCACCGUCCAUUACACCGAUCAAACCGCUACCUUUCUCACCGAGCCAGUUCUUAAACUCUCCCAGUCUGAACGUAUCCUUCGAUCAGCUACCCGCCAGUACGCCCGUCAAACGAGCAACAUUUAAAAACGACACUAGUCUAUUAAGCACGCCAGUUCCAGUGAAAGAUGUAUCGGUAAAGAUGGAAACGAAAAACGAACCCGAGAAGACCGCAGGAGAAACUGAAGAUGAUGCUAAGAUUAAAACACCGCUAAAGGAAGCCGGAAAGGCACCAGUCGUCGAACCACGCACUCCGACUCCGUUCAAGAAUGCGAUGGCGGAAUUGGGAAAGCGUCGUUCGGAAAUCUAUGUUCCACCGAGUCCUGCUCGCAUUGGCGAGGACAUUGCGGAAAUAAUGAACCAAGAGCAAGCGAAGGAAAAUUCCGCCGAAAAUUCGUCAACGUUGGCAAGCGGUAGCGACGUAUCGUUGGACAAUAAAACCGUCGUCAACAACAACGUUCCAACGGUGUCGGUUGACGCGAAGGAAAACAAUGUGCCGGCGCAAAGUGGACAGCUUUCCCCGCGAAUUGCAAAGAAACCGUCAACUUCAUCCAUGUUGUCGAACCAGUGGGAAAACUCCGACAUGAGCUUUUUCGCCGAAACACCGAGUAAAUCCCUUAUUUCGGACUCGGGCGUGACCCUUUCGCCAUCAUUACGCGAUCAACUGUUACUGGAUGGCGAUGCAAAGGAUGCUAACAAAUCUAACACAAAGUCACCGGUGCUCGUCGAUCCAAAGUGGGAGAAGUAUGCAUGCGGCAAAACGCGUGAUCAUAUGAUCGUUUCGCAGCAAGCACACGGUUGCUUGAAAAAGACAUCGCUUCAGCCGCGAUCGUUGAACUUUUACAAAUAG